CGAUAGUAAACAGAUGUCUAUCGCUAGGUUACACUUUUUGCCUCUUCGUUUUUGUAUUGUCAGCGGAAAUAAAUAAACGUAUAUUUGCCUAAGAUAAGACUCAACUACUAGAAUCCUAAAUUAAACUAAAUGCGAAUAAAGUAGCCCCGAAGCUGAAAGCAAAUCUCUUAAGAUAAAUGUUAGUGGUUAAAUAAAUAUUACAGUGAUUCCCGAAGACAACAGCUGUCGGUCUGCUGGAAGCUGGCGAAAGGUGAACUGAGUUCAUUGUGUUGUUGGGCAUUACGUGUGCGUCCAUCCGAUCUUUCUCCCUCUCAUACUCCCCCUCCUCACUCGCAUCCCCAUCCGCUCAAGUGCUCGGGAAGCUGCCAAAAAAAAUAAUCAAAGAGAAGAGGAACACGCCGCUCGGCAUAAUCAAUUAAAAUGCCUAGAAAUCUGCCGCUUUUCCCGCUGGCCCUGUGCGCCAUCGCCUUCCUGGCCGCCGUGGGUCCCAUGCCCGCCAACGGGGCGGUGGCCAACAGCCACAAGCACGAGAAGCACAUCAGCAAGGAACGGGUCAAGGACGGCAUCUACGCCCCCCGGGACGCCCACCACCACGGCGAGGAUGGGGAGCACAACGUGGAGUUCGACCACGAGGCCAUCAUCGGCAAUACGAAAGAAGCUCAGGAAUUCGACACACUUACGCCGGAGGAAUCAAAGAGACGUCUGCUGAUACUAGUCAAAAUGAUGGAUCUGAAUAAGGACGAAUUUAUUGACCGGCAUGAGUUGAAAGCCUGGAUAUUAAGGUCCUUUAAAAAACUGUCCGAGGAGGAAGCCGCCGACAGAUUCGAGGAAAUAGAUCAGGAUGCUGACGAGAAAAUAACGUGGAAGGAGUAUCUGCUGGACACCUAUGCCAUGGAGGAUGAGGACUUCAAAAAGGAGACCAUCGACUAUGACAGCUACGAGGAUGAGCAGAAGAUGAUCAAGCAGGACAAGGAGAUGUUCAAUGCGGCCGACGCGAACAAGGAUGGAGUUCUGACGCUGGAGGAGUUUAUUUACUUCCAAAAUCCCGAAGAGCAUCCACAAAUGUUGCCCAUACUGCUGGAGCACACGAUGCAGGAGAAGGACCUGGAUCACGACGGCAAGAUCAACUUCCAGGAGUUUGUUGGCGACUCUGCCUCGCAGCAUGACAAGGAGUGGCUGAUCACGGAGAAGGAGCGAUUCGACAAGGAUCACGACACCAACGGCGAUGGCGUGCUCACGGGCGAUGAGGUCCUAUCCUGGAUUGUGCCAAGCAACACGGCGAUUGCCAACGACGAGGUGGACCACCUGUUUGUCUCCACCGAUGAGGAUCACGACGACAGGCUGUCCUACCUGGAAAUACUCAACAACUACGACACCUUCGUGGGCAGCGAGGCCACCGAUUACGGCGACCACUUACAGAACAUUAACCAUCUCUCCGACGAGCUGUAGAUCCCAGCCAAAGCUCCAUCCUGCUAUAGUGAACCUGUGCUUAGUAUUGUAUUUCAUUUGUAUAGUUAGUAAAUUUAUGUUUUAUUUAUGUAAUUUCAAAUCAAUAUCGCUAAAUUGUUUUGAGCGCUUCUCACGAAUUUCAUUUUCAUGUCUAAUGUCUGGUUUGUCAUUUACAAUUACAUUAUGUGUAGUAAUUUAUAGACACAAACAAAAUCUACAAAAAUCAUAAUAAAUAAUUUUUACUAAAUUA